AUGAUGGGGCGUAUUAAUCGCAAGACAUGUCUGCCCCCCCAGGCACACGACCUCAUGCACGUCAUUAAGCCAGCCGCCUUUCUGUUUGAGGCGGAUGACCCACAAACCACACACAGCGCACAAGGUGCGCUCAAGGCUGUUGAGUCGCUGCUUGCUGUGAUCCAGGGUUCCCGGCUCCCGCGCAUCCCCCAACUCCGGCGCGACCGAGAACUGCAUCUCCACGAGAUGCUGACACAUCUGCUUGACUGGCUGUCUAUUACAGAAGACGACGAUGAGGCAAAGUACAUCUACACAUACCUCGUCGAGGUGGUUGGCACCCCCCGCGGCCGCCGUCAACGAGCCCCACUGCCAGGGCAUGUACACAGCCUCAUGAACAUGCAGGAUUCGUAUGCCUACGGUGUGUUGAGGCAGUUGAUGCAGGAUCCCGAGGUGCACGCCCGCGUGCAGCGCGCUGUUAAGGCGCUUGGCUCGUCCGCGUAG